GUGGCUGAGGGUGGCCUAGCCCGCGAGCAGCUGCCGCUGCUGGAGGUGUCCCCGCGCAAGAGGCUGCCUGCCGGGCCCGAGCCGAACCCAUGCGGCAGCCGCCCUGCACCCGAGGGGGCCGGGGCGGGCGCAGAGCAGGGACAUUCCGCCGGUGGGGGCGGCUGGUGCCGUCACUGCCACACCAAGCUGGUGGAGCUCAAGCGGCAGGCGUGGAAGCUGGUCAGCGGGCCCGGGACUCCCCUCCGGGAUCCCUGCCUCUCCGCUCUGCUCCUGGACAAGCUCCCGGUGCCUGGGGUCUUGCCCGCGUGCCGUCCUGAGGCCGAAAGUCGCUGCGAUGCCUGUGCCACACACCUGCACCAGCUCACCCGAGAGGCUCUGCGCCUGCUGCAGUCCCCUGCCAGCUGUGAGGACCCCGAUGUCCCCCGAGGAGGCCUUGUACCCCCUGGCCCUGGGGCCAUGACCAGUCCCAGGGAUGCGCCCGGCCCCACAGAGAGGCAGCCGCCCACCCUGCCUGACCGGAGGAAGGGGCUGGCCUGGCCGGCUGGGCCCAGCGUCCAGGUGUCAGUGGCCCCUGCAGGCCUAGGCGGAGCGCUGAGCACGGUCACAAUCCAGGCGCAGCCCUGCCUUGAGGGCGCAUGGAACGUCUCAAGGGCCAGCGGCUUCCUGCCCCCAACUUGCCUGGCUGAGGCGGCCGUAGCUGCCGUGGCGGUGGCAGACUCUGUCCGAGACGCCACCCCCGUGGUGGGUCCUGAUGGUCUGUCCAAGUCAUGGGGCCAGGCGGGGGCCUGCACAUCGACUCUGGUCACCCCAGGCCCGGGCACCUCGGCAGGGGGCUCCCCGGGUCCCUCUGCUGCAGCCUCCUUCUUCGUAAGGGCCGCCCAGAAGCUCAGCCUGGCUUCCAAGCGCAAGAAGCACCACCCAGCACCCACCCCCACACCCCGCAACGCCUCCACCUACCCCACCAACUUCAGCGGUGUCCUUCAGCUGUGCCCACCCCCAGUGCCACCCUGCCUGCUCAGGGCGGCCUCCAAGGCCAAGGACAACCCAGGCAGCUUCGGAAAGGUGAAAGUCAUGCUGCGCAUCUGGCCGACACAGGGCGCCCAGCGUUCAGCAGAGUCUGCGUCCUUCCUGAAGGUGGACCCCCGGAAGAAGCAGGUGACCCUCUACGACCCAGUCUCCGGACCCGCAGGGGGUGUGGGCCUGCGGCGUGCAGCCACGACAGCGGUACCCAGGAUGUUUGCCUUUGACGCUGUCUUCCCUGCGGACUCGGAGCAGGCCGAGGUCUGCUCUGGGACUAUGGCCGACGUGCUCCAGUCUGUGGUCGGUGGGGCUGACGGCUGCAUCUUCUCCUUUGGCCACAGGAGCCUUGGCAAGUCGUACACCAUGAUCGGGAAGGACAGCUCACCCCAGAGCCUGGGCGUGGUGCCCUGCGCCAUCUCCUGGCUCUUCCGCCUGGUAGAGGAGCGCAGGGAAAGGACGGGCACGCGCUUCUCCAUCCGUGUCUCGGCCUUGGAGGUGUGCGGCCGGGACCAGAGCCUACGGGACCUGCUGGCUGACGUGGCCUCCAGCAGCGUCCAGGAUGCCCAGUCUCCGGGCGUGUACCUACGGGAAGACCCGGCCUGUGGGACACAGCUGCAGAACCAAAGUGAGCUGCGGGCGCCCACGGCGGAGAAGGCGGCCUUCUACCUGGACGCAGCGCUGGCUGCCCGCAGCUCCCGGGCUGGUGGGGAGGACAGGGGCCGCAGCUCCCACCUGCUCUUCACGCUGCACAUCUACCAGUACCGAGUGGAGAAGUGUGGCCAGGGGGGAAUGUCUGGAGGCCGCAGCCGCCUGCACCUCAUCGACCUGGGCAGCUGUGAGACGGCGCCCGGCAGGGGCGAGGAGGCCGCCGGGGGCUCCCUGAGUCUGUCCCUGUCGGCCCUGGGCAGUGUCAUCCUGGCUCUGGUCAAUGGGGCGAAACAUGUGCCCUACAGGGAUCACAGGCUCACUGUGCUGCUGCGCGAGUCCCUGGCCACCACCAGCUGUCGCACCACCAUGAUCGCCCACGUGUCAGACGCGCCGGCCCACCACGCUGAGACGCUCAGCACUGUGCAGCUGGCCGCCCGCAUCCACCGUCUGCGCAGGAAGAAGGCCAAGCAGGCGUCCAGCUCCUCGGGCGGGGAGAGCUCCUGUGAAGAGGGCCGGGCCCGUCGCGUCCCCCACCUGCGGCCCUUCCACUCACGUGCAGCGGCCCUGGACCCUGACCGCCUGGUGCCUGGCCUGCCCGGCGACCCUGACUACUCGUCCAGCAGCGAGCAGUCCUGCGACACAGUCAUCUACGUGGGGCCCGGGGGGACCGCGCUGUCAGACCGCGAGCUCACCGACAACGAGGGCCCUCCAGACUUCGUGCCCAUCAUCCCCUCCCUGAGCCGCCGGCGGCCCUCCGAGGGCCCCCGAGACGCCGACCACUUCCGCUGCAGCACAUUCGCAGAGCUGCAGGAGCGGCUGGAGUGCAUCGAUGGUAGUGAGGGUGCCCCUGGGUCCCUGGGCGGCAGCGACAGAGCCCAGGCCAGCCCAGCCCAAGGAGGCAGGAAGCUUUCACCGCCUGAGGCCGCACUCCCCAGGAAGGCCGUGGGUCCCCCAAUGGCAACCAGCACCCCUCGAGGCAGCCCUGGCCCAGACACCCACCAAGGCGUCCCUGAACCUUCCAGAGCUGGUGCCCAGGGUGACCAGCAAGAGGAUGACUGCUCCCAGCAUGAGCCACUGGCCCUGGACAAGGCUGUGGGAGGUGGAGACCAGAGGCUGCUGCCCAGCCCAGCUUUCCCAGCACCCGCGGGGCCGGAAGCCCUGGGAUCCCCUGUGGAACUCGGGGUUGGGGGCACCAAUGGAGUGAUGCGGACGCCCCCUGUGGGCACAAGCGGGCAGGGGCGGCUCCCACGGGCCCCAGACUCAGUCUGCCCCUGCCCAUCUGCACGCGGCCGUCGCCUGGAGCGGGGCCUGCUUACCACCACAGUGACCCUGCAGCAACCGGUGGAGCUGAACGGUGAGGACGAGCUGGUGUUCACGGUGGUGGAGGAGCUGCCCCUGGGGGGGCUGGCAGGUGCCACACGGCCCUCCAGCCUGGCCAGCUUUGGCAGCGACUGCUCUCUGCAGGCCCUGGCCUCGGGCUCGAGGCCGGUCAGCAUCAUCAGCAGUAUCAAUGACGAGUUUGACGCCUACACCUCCCUGGGCCCUGAUGGCCCUGGGGGGCCACUGGCGGGGGCACCGUGUCCAGGAGGCAGCUACAACUCCUCUGUGGGCUCCUGGCUCAACGAGGUUGGCGCCUGUACAGCCAUCAGCCGCAGCCCCACGCCACAGCCUCCCUUCAGCUCUGAUGCGCCGGUGGGGCCUGGGCCUCCAGAGCCCUGUGUCUGGGGCAGCCCCCUGGAUGGGGGUGUCAGGUCUGCUGCACAGGGUGGGCCCAAUGGUUCUGGUCCAGCCCCGAGUCCUCGUGCUGGGGAAGCAGCUGCAGCGGGACUGGCCCGAGCUGGCUGGGAGCCCUGGGCUGGGUCCUCACAGGGUGCUGCCGUAGCCCAGACCAUCCACUCCAGCCUUCCCCGAAAGCCCAGGACCCCCUCUGCUGCUGGCCGCGCGGCCUGUGCUCGCCCUGGCCGGAGCCCGCCCAGCCCUAGAAGCCUGUUUGAGGACCCCUGGCUGCUCCGUGCAGAUAACUGUGAUGCCCCCAGCCCGACCCUGGGGUCCCCCGGGCUCCCCGAGGCACAGGCAGGACCGGCUUGUGCCCAGAGGGUGGUGGACAGCUGUGCGGUGGUGGCCAGGGCAGCCCGGAGGCCGGAGGCUGUGGCUUGGAUCCCACCACUGCGGCGGGGCGCCACCACCCUGGGGGUGACCACACCUGCCAUGUCCUGUAGGGAUACUGUGGCCGAGGCGGCUGUCUGCUCCACCGGCCUGAAGGGCUCCCCUGGCAGCAAGAAAAGCCUGGCUCCCAAGGGGGGCUUCUUCCCGAGGCCUGGGGGGGUGGCUCCCCCAGCCCCUCCUGUGCGCAAGUCCAGCCUGGAGCAAAGCAGCCCGUCCCAGGCCCCCGUCCAGGCCCCAGGCCUCACCCGGGUGGGGGCUGCUGCCACCUUUUGUGGGGAGCAGGAGGCCCGGUCCAGUGGCCGGGCUGACCAUGCCAUUCCUAAGGCCACGUCCAGCCUCAAGGCUCGGGCAGGCAAGAUGGAAGUGGCCCACCGCCCUGCUGGCCACAUGUCCCUGGAGCGGUAUGAGGGCCUGGCACACAGCAGCAGCAAGGCCCGGGAAGGCCCCGGACGGCUGCCUCGGGCUGUGCCCAGGUUGGGCGUGCCGUCUGCCAGUCCCACACCCGGGCCAUCCCCAGCUUGCCGAGGCAGCCCAGCUAAGACUACGGGAGCCCCCAAGCCCCCAGCUAGUGGGACCAAAGGCCGCAGCCUUGUGGCCGGAGGCUCUCGGGCUCUGGGUGGGUCUGUGAAGCCGCUGGCCCCGGUCGCUGGCAGGCCCCCUGGCGGCCCUGGGACAGGUCCCCGAGCAGCCCCACGGGCUGCGCCUGGCAUCGGGUCCAAGGCUGGCCGGGGCACCAUCAUGGGCACCAAGCAGGCACUCCGGGCUGCCCACAACCGUGUCCAUGAGCUGGCGGCCAGCGGGGCCCCUGGCCGAGGUAGCCCCUUGUGGGGCUCUGCAGACUCGGACAGUGGCAACGACAGUGGCGUGAACGUGGCGGAGGAGCGGCCGCCUGUGGGCCCCGCCCUGCCGUCCCCCUACAGCAAGGUGACCGCACCCAGGCGGCCCCAGCGCUACAGCAGCGGGCACGGCAGUGACAACAGCAGCGUGCUGAGCGGCGAGCUCCCGCCCGCCAUGGGCCGCACGGCGCUCUUCUACCACAGCGGCGGCAGCAGCGGCUACGAGAGCAUGAUGCGGGACAGCGAGGCCACAGGCAGCGCGUCCUCGGCCCCCGACUCCACGAGUGAGAGUGGGGCUGCCUCGCUGGGCGCCCGCUCCCGCAGCCUCAAGUCCCCCAAGAAAAGGGCCACAGGUCUGCAGCGGCGGCGGCUGAUCCCAGCCCCACUGCCCGAUGCCACUGCCCUGGGCCGCAAGCCCGCCCUGCCAGGGCAGUGGGUGGACUUGCCCCCACCUCUGGCUGGCUCUCUGAAGGAACCCUUCGAGAUCAAGGUGUAUGAGAUCGAUGACGUGGCGCGGCUACAGCGGCACCGGCUGCCUCUGCGGGAGGACCCAGCCCACAUUGGGCCCUCCCAGGAACUGGAGAAGGGCCUGGUGUGUGUCAGCUCCAAGCUGCGGCUGGCCGAGCGCAGGCAGCAGCGGCUGCAGGAGGUCCAGGCCAAGCGUGAUCACCUCUGCGAGGAGCUGGCUGAGACGCAGGGUCGGCUGAUGGUGGAGCCGGGCCGCUGGCUGGAGCAGUUCGAGGUGGACCCAGAGCUGGAGCCCGAGUCGGCUGAGUACCUGGUGGCUCUGGAGCGUGCCACAGCCGCACUGGAGCAGUGCGUGAACUUGUGCAAGGCUCACGUCAUGAUGGUCACCUGCUUUGACAUCAGCGUCACCACCACUGCCACGGUGCCAGGGGCCCAGGAGGUGGACGUCUGAGCUGUGUGCCAGAGGGGAGGGGAUGGGAUGUGCAGGGCAUGCGGGACACGAGGACGUGAGAGGGAUCAAGGAUGUGCGGGGGGUGAGGGUGAGGGUGAGGAUGCGACAGGGUCUGCGCAGGCCCAGGAGUCUCCGAGAGGGGAUGCGGCGUGGGAGGGGGCUGGCGGCCAAGGAUGAGCGAGUAGGGCGGGGAGAGUGGAGGGCGGUGGCCACGCAGAUAGCCACACAAGUGCCUUUAACCUGGAGUUGGACUCUUCUCCUUUUGCAUUUGGUGCUAUGGACACACGACACCAGCAGACGUGGGCUGGGCCCGUGCUCAGGCAGCUGUGCUCAGCUGCUCAUGUCUGACCUCGCCUUGUACAGCGGGCAGUCUGUAGCAGGACGGCCCUGGGGUCACGGCCCCUGGUCAGGAUCGGGUUUCUUUUCCUUUGCAGUGGCUUCCUCUUGGCAGAGCAGGCGUCAGCAGCCUUCAAACCUUCCCGCCUGCAGUGGCGGGGUCCUUGGAGCGGGACGCUGUCCUUCCCUGACCACCUGCUCUGUCCCGAGGAGGCCGAGGGUCCGGGUGAGGGCCAGGCCACGCACACACGAUGCCUUCUUCCACGGCAGGAAUUCUUACCAAAACCACAAGCAAAAAAAUCCACCACGAAACCAACCGCCCCUGCCAGAGACAGGGGUUAGGGUUUUCUAAACGUUCUGUUGGGUUCCUAUUUUUGUAUCAUUUUGCCUAUUAACAUGGAGUUUGCAGUGGGAAUUUGAAGACAAAUGAUCUAUGUUUUUAUGGUUUUCUACAAAGAUAUUCUGGGCCGGACUCUUGCUGGGGGUGCCCGCACAGGGUAGGGGUCCUUGGAAAGUGCAUGUCCCCAAAUGCAGACAAGGGGCCCUGCGGCCUGUGUGAUGCCCCCACACCACAGGCCUGUUUUCUGUCGCAUUUUAUAGGGUGUCUGGACCUCUGUACAAAUGUGUAGAUAACAUCUUGCUACCGUUUUUGUGAAUAAAGAAGCAUUGAUUGUU